AUGGCGAAGACCGUGGCCUAUUUCUACGACCCGGACGUGGGCAACUUCCACUACGGAGCGGGGCACCCCAUGAAGCCGCAUCGCCUGGCACUGACCCACAGCCUGGUCCUGCACUACGGCCUCUACAAGAAGAUGAUCGUCUUCAAGCCCUACCAGGCGUCCCAGCACGACAUGUGCAGGUUCCACUCCGAGGACUACAUCGACUUCCUGCAGAGAGUCAGCCCCAACAACAUGCAGGGCUUCACCAAGAGCCUCAAUGCCUUCAACGUGGGGGAUGACUGCCCAGUGUUUCCAGGCCUCUUUGAGUUUUGCUCUCGCUACACCGGGGCCUCCCUGCAGGGAGCAACGCAGCUGAACAACAAGAUCUGUGACAUUGCAAUAAACUGGGCAGGAGGCCUGCACCAUGCCAAGAAGUUUGAGGCUUCUGGGUUCUGUUAUGUGAAUGACAUAGUUAUUGGCAUCCUGGAGCUGCUCAAGUACCACCCUCGUGUGCUCUACAUUGACAUCGACAUCCACCACGGGGAUGGGGUGCAGGAGGCCUUCUACUUGACUGACCGUGUCAUGACUGUGUCCUUCCAUAAGUAUGGCAACUACUUCUUCCCUGGCACAGGUGACAUGUACGAGGUGGGGGCCGAGAGUGGUCGCUACUACUGCCUCAAUGUGCCCCUCCGAGAUGGCAUCGAUGACCAAAGUUACAAACACCUCUUCCAGCCUGUCAUUAACCAGGUGGUGGAUUACUACCAGCCCACCUGCAUUGUGCUGCAGUGCGGCGCCGACUCGCUGGGCUGCGACCGCUUGGGCUGCUUUAACCUCAGCAUCAGAGGCCAUGGGGAGUGUGUGGAGUAUGUGAAGAGCUUCAACAUCCCCUUGCUGGUGCUGGGAGGAGGUGGCUACACGGUGCGCAACGUGGCACGGUGCUGGACUUAUGAGACCUCCUUGCUGGUAGAUGAAGCCAUAAGUGAAGAGCUGCCCUACAGCGAGUACUUCGAGUACUUCGCCCCAGACUUCACUCUGCAUCCUGAUGUCAGCACCAGGAUUGAGAACCAGAACUCCAGGCAGUACUUGGAUCAGAUCAGGCAGACCAUCUUUGAGAACCUGAAGAUGCUGAACCAUGCUCCCAGCGUGCAGAUCCACGACGUGCCCUCCGACCUGCUCAGCUACGACCGCGCCGACGAGCCCGACCCCGAGGAGAGAGGCUCUGAGGAGAACUACAGCAGGCCUGAAGCUGCCAACGAGUUCUAUGACGGCGACCACGACAACGACAAAGAGAGCGACGUUGAGAUCUGAGGGCACUGCUGUGGGCUCUGCCCCCUGAGGAGGUCCCACACUGGCCAUGGGUGCUUGGAGCAGGCAGCUGGGCCCUGCAGGAGCCAGUCAGCCCUCCCUUUUGUAUCUGACUGCAGGUGGUGGCAGCAGGAACACCACCACCACCACCAGAGCUGGUCUCUGCUACCCGGAGAGGCAGAGAGCAGUGAAACCUUUG